GAGGCGGGGAGACAAAAGGGAAGCUGCCUGUGCUCGCGCUGCCCGCUCGGAGCCGCCUGCUCGGCUGCCUCCGGCUGGGUUCCGCGAGCCUCGCCCCCACCCUCGGGCACUGCUCCACCUCCCUCCCGGCUGGCUGUCCCCGCAGUGCUCCCGGACCCGGCGAGGCUUCGGGGCGCGCGUCGCUGGUGGUGGUUGAGGCUCUAGCGAUAAUAAAUGAUAGAGGAUACAAUGACUUUGCUGUCUCUGCUGGGUCGCAUCAUGCGCUACUUCUUACUGAGACCCGAGACGCUUUUCCUGCUGUGCAUCAGCUUGGCUCUGUGGAGUUACUUCUUCCACACCGACGAGGUGAAGACCAUCGUGAAGUCCAGCCGGGACGCUGUGAAAAUGGUGAAGGGCAAGGUAGCCGAGAUCAUGCAGAACGAUCGACUCGGGGGGCUUGAUGUGCUGGAGGCCGAGUUUUCCAAGACCUGGGAGUUCAAGAGCCACAACGUGGCGGUGUACUCCAUCCAGGGCCGGAGAGACCACAUGGAGGACCGCUUCGAAGUUCUCACGGAUCUGGCCAACAAGACGCACCCGUCCAUCUUCGGGAUCUUCGACGGGCACGGGGGAGAGACUGCAGCUGAAUAUGUAAAAUCUCGACUCCCAGAGGCCCUUAAACAGCAUCUUCAGGACUACGAGAAAGACAAAGAAAAUAGUGUAUUAUCUUACCAGACCAUCCUCGAACAGCAGAUUUUGUCAAUUGACCGAGAAAUGCUAGAAAAAUUGACUGUAUCCUAUGAUGAAGCAGGCACAACGUGUUUGAUUGCUCUGCUAUCAGAUAAAGACCUCACUGUGGCCAACGUGGGUGAUUCACGCGGGGUCCUGUGUGACAAAGAUGGGAACGCUAUUCCUUUGUCUCAUGAUCACAAGCCUUACCAGUUGAAGGAAAGAAAGAGGAUAAAGAGAGCAGGUGGUUUCAUCAGUUUCAAUGGCUCUUGGAGGGUCCAGGGAAUCCUGGCCAUGUCUCGGUCCCUGGGAGAUUAUCCGCUGAAAAAUCUCAAUGUGGUCAUCCCAGACCCAGACAUCCUGACCUUUGACCUGGACAAGCUUCAGCCUGAGUUCAUGAUCUUGGCAUCAGAUGGCCUCUGGGAUGCCUUCAGCAAUGAAGAAGCAGUUCGAUUCAUCAAGGAGCGCUUGGAUGAACCUCACUUUGGGGCCAAGAGCAUAGUUUUACAGUCAUUUUACAGAGGCUGCCCUGACAAUAUAACAGUCAUGGUGGUGAAGUUCAGGAAUAGCAGCAAAACAGAAGAGCAGUGAACCCUUCAGGGGUCUCAGCUGCCUUAGACUAAAGGACUUGCAACACACUGGUCUCUUUUAAUUUAGUGAAAAGUGUGGGAAUUGUAAUUAGGAUCAUCCAUCCCAGACAUGGAAUCCCCUCUUCCUGGUGGUCUUAGGUCUAUAAGCAGCGAUGAACAGAGGGUGCCCUUGGCCAAUGUAGUUAAGAAGCUGGAAAAUGGUUUCUUCAUGUUUUCCCAACUCUUUCAUCCCGUGUCCAAAAUAUAUAAAUAAAUAGCUGUAGAGUUAUGUAUAUGAAGUGAAUAGCAUAUGUGCCAUUUAGUCUCCCUCAAGAUUCUUUUCAAGAUGCUGUUCAGGGUCCUCCAGGCAUCAGCUGUUGUGUCCUCUCUUUGGAACAGUAGACAGGACACGCACCCAGUGCUGCAGGAGACAGGCCACUGCGUCAUCUGUGAGUGGUCAGGGGCUGACGUGGCAACACCCUCUGCCAAGAGACAGAGCUGUCCUAAGAAUGCUUUGUCCUUCUAAGCCCAUGUUUUCUGCUCAGUAGCAGCUUGGAAGCAGAUUUGGAAUGGUUUAUUAUUUUGGCUGCUCUUGGGGACUGCGAGAAGCAGAGGAUGGGAGACCAGUGGCAACUGCCUGCACAGCAGAAAUAAUCCUUUUCCCUUGCUUCCUUUAUUAGUUAAAUAGACUUUGUAUACCACCUGACCAGCCUUUGUGCAUUUAUCCAAAUCAUGCAUGACCGUUAACCUUUUGCUUAGUCCUUACCAUAUGUAAUAGGCAGCUGUUAAAUUCACAAACAGACACCAUGAUUUUUCAUCUUACGUGACCAAGAAACCACGUUAGGGAAAAUGAAAAAACCAAAUCACAAUACCAUGAUUCCUUCCAUUUUCAGCAGUAGAUGAAGGAAAUGAUACUGAAUGAGUCACAGUGUUCCCUGGCAAGUAAGCUGUUUGCAUCGACAAAGGAGUGAGCUGGUGAGGUUACCACCCUGAAUUGAGCUCCAGCUGCCAGUUCUUGUGUUUUUCCUUGCCCCUUUCCUAGUGGUUUUCAAGUGUCUUUCAGGCAGUGUUCUGAGAAGCAGCAGCCUAUAACUGUAUGUGUGCUCCUUGAAGCCAGCUACAGAGUUCCCAGCUACUGCAGCUUGGGAUUUGGUGGGAAACUACUGGGAUGAGCUUCUCCUUGACAAUGGAAAGGCAGCAGCCUUUAACAUUUGGUUGCAAAUCUCCAUCCACAUCAGGUAGCUUUCUCCAGGCAAACACAAACUGCCCCCUGUGGCCUGCAGCCCUGCAGGGGAGGCAGCAAAGGGACCCGGCAGUGGCAACACAGCAAGUCGGGAAUUCCAGCGUGAACCCAUAUUGAGAAGUGGGCCAGAAUUAUUUAGGGGCCUGGCUUGCUGCUCUUCAUUUCCUGUAUCACUAAUGUAUCAUUUUUCCAAGCUUGGUAUUUUAUAAGUUCAUUUAGAGAAAAUGCCGGGUCACUCUCUUUGCCUAAGGUGACUCAAACAGCCAAACGGAACUUUUGUUGCCUCCCACCCCUCUGUAUCCACCUGGUGUUGUUUUUUUCCCUGUGGGCAUUUCUGGUUAUAGCUUCCCAUAGGCCACAUUCACCGGACACCUCCUCCCCGUGGAGCCCUGCCCUCUCCCCUCCUGCUGCUGUAGAGCUUUCCCAAAGCCGUGUCCAGGAGAGAGCUCGAGAGAGUGAAGAAAUUGCCUUGUGGAUUUGGAGGGCUGCAACCUAUCUUGAUUUCUCCAAGCCCUUAUCUUUCUUUGACUGCACUGAGAAUUGCUAAUGACUUCCCAUGAGAUUUGCUUACUUUUGUAUACUGUAUUUUCCAGCAUUACAGUUAGAACCUUGGUUAUUAUUUUUUAGCCAUAGAAUCUUCUAGUACAAAAUAUCUGCCACCAUUUCAGAUUUAAGCAUUUGCUUCUGGAGAGACACUGAAUAUGUGGAUGUGUGUAUUAAUAUUUGGGGUGGGGGGACAGGAAAGGGAAUGUGGAAAACAAAUGCUGGCUGUGAGCAGUGCUGAUACGGCCAGGCCAGGUGACUGAGUUUUCUUGGGGAUUCAGGACGUUCUGACUCCUGAGAGUUGCCCCCACCCACCAUCGAACUGAAAUCAGCACCAAUGGUGUCAGCACUUUACAGCCCAUAGCCAACUUUCUUUCUUUAUUUUUAACAUAGCACAAAAAUAUAUAAUAGCAAGGGAAAGACAUUUUUAAAUUCCACAGUUAUUUUUAUUGUCUAAAAUGAAAGCAGCAGUGUUUCGAUAAAGAUGAAAAAGAAAAGCUACUAAAUUAGUAAAUCAGUGGUUACGUGCCCUGCAGAAUUUCUUAAUAGAUGGUGCUGAGUGCACGAGUUACAUAACUUUCUCUCUAAUUGAGGUUCACAAGGCGUCUUCUAAAUUUUGCUUUGUGCAAUUAAUUCAUUUCUAAUGUUAACUGAAUAGAGUGUAUAUAUCCUACUCCCAUUACUGCCUUUCCCCCCUACUAUGGCUUGUAGAUUUUUAAAAGAUAGAAGUUCUAGGCAAAACUGUAGCAGUUUCAUUAAUCAUUAGGAUAGUUAUAUCUAAAAUCAGAGUAUUUUGUUCUCUUCCUUCUGGAGCUCUCUCGAGAGGGCUAGCUCUCUCUCUCUAGCCCUUUUCCAGCUGUUGGGGAUUUGCAGACAUCACUCCCGGGGUGCCCUGUAGCACACUGGCUGCUCCCCAGGGACCCGGGAAUGCUGAAUCUAGCCAUUAGGGAAAUUGAUUUGAGAUGUCUGCAUGUGAAGCUUCCCUAAGCAGCACUGCCAAAGCUUUGGAAUUAUCACCCAAGGCUUCCUAGACUCCCUUGCUAGCUCGUGUUCGAAUUGCCAAUAGUCCCCAUGGUGCCAAAUUUUGGGAUGGUUUUACAGUCUUUUAGAAAUGAAGAUGGGAAUGGCCAUGUGCUUAUGAGACCCCAGCAGAGUGCCAGGCCCAGGUCUCCAUUAAUGCAGUGCUCUGCUGCUGCUCCACUGGCAAUUUGUACUCUUAACAUAGGUUGGGGGAGGGACAGCUAGGGAAAUUUUUAAAAAAAUUAAUUGUAUUUACAAUUCUUUCAUCAUAGGAAUAAACAAUACUUAUAUAGAAAGCUCCAAAGCUGUUCCCAAGACCUGCAUUUAUUUUAUAUGACCAACUUGCCGCAAGGCAAUUAACUCUGAAUUGCAGUUCUAAUGUGACAUAUCUGUGUACAUAUGUACAUAUUAGUGGUAACCAGUGGCUGCAUUUUAUUCCUUGCUGUGGAUUGAGGUAUUGGCUUCUUGAAUCUUGUAUAUGUCAUAAGAGUAUUACACAGAGAGUGUUAUAGUGAAGGAUGCAAGCUGGAUAAUUUAAAACAGGCCUUAUUUCAUACAAGUGUAAUUAUUACAUCAUUUUGGGUAAAUGGCAAAGAGGAUUGCAUGAGAGUCAUAGCAUCAUCAUUUCAAUUUAAUCUGAAGUGAUUCUAGGAAACUGAUUCCACUGUUGGAUUCUAGGAAAUUGACUCCAUUGUUUCCUUUGAGUUUAAUUUCCUUUGUGUUUAAUUUGACCACAGAAACUUUUUUGAGUAGCACCUAGUAACACUGCAAGGAACUUGUGUAUCAAGGAGUACUUUGAUUUUCCUGAUUUUUUUUGUACUCUAAGUUGUUGCCAGAUCUCUCUUGCAACUGUGUCAAUGAAAGGUCUGUGUUUAGAAAAGGCAGCAUAUCAUUGUAUAUCAGAAAGUAUAGGAAUAGAUACUUUGUAUAAAACUUUUCCAAUCAUUUCAGAAAUUUUUUCCUCCUUUUGACCCACCACUAGACUGUUCAUCCCCUAACAGUCCCCCAAAAUUGCCUUAGCAUGUCACACCAGCAUUCGUCAUCCAGCUCUGGAGAAAUGACAUGACUGUUAGAUACCAUGGCUGUUUAAUUGCCUCUGGAUUAAGUCAUUGAUAUCUAGACUUUUGAGAUAGUUAGCUGUAGAAAUAAUAGAAUCCAGUGUUUCCCAAAGGACACAAGUUCCAAAGAUGCUCUUCUAAAUAUAGGGUUCCAGGAUCAAAUAAGUUUGGAAAACACAUACCAUCUUAGAAAGUUAUAACAUGAACAUAUCUAAGGCUCUAAUUUAAAUGUCCUGCAGGGGAGAGAAAAACACAACAAAUAUCUACUGUCAGUUAGCCCAGUGUUUUCCAGAUUAAUUUGACCACAGAAACUUUUUUGAGUAGCACCUAGUAACAUUGCAAGGAACUGGUGUUCUAAAGAACGCUCUUUGGGAAAUUCUGGUAUAUUGAAAUAUUGCUGUGGUUUCAUUCAUGCUGACUCUUAGUAGUAGCAGUACAAUUUGCAACUUAGACGCAUGAGCCUUUCAUAUACGAAGCUGACUUGUUAAUAAAAGCAGUGUUAAGAAGUAGUAUGACUUAAUAUGACCAACAGCAGCCUCAUAUUGAUAGCAGAACAAUCCUACUGAAAGCUCUAAACAUCAUCCUUUUUUUUUGAGACAGAGUCUCGCUCUGUCGCCCAGGCUAGAGUGCAGUGGUGCAAUCUCUGCUCACUGCAAGCUCUGCCUCCCAGGUACACGCCAUUCUCCUGCCUCAGCCUCAGCCUCCCGAGCAGCAGGCGCCCACCACUAUGACUGGCUAAUUUUUUGUAUUUUUAGUAGAGACGGGGUUUCACCGUGUUAACCAGGAUGAUCUCAAUCUCCUGACCUCGUGAUCUGCCCGCCUCAGCCUCCCAAAGUGCUGGGAUUACAGGUGUGAGCCACCACGCCCAGCCAUCCCUUUCUUUUAUAUGAAUAAUGAGCAAGAGCCCUGCCAUAGCUAGAUAUGUCUCAAAUUCAUUCCAAGAUCUUUCCAUUGCUUUUUUGCAGUUACCUUUGCUUUUCAGGUUGAAUCAAAAUGAAUAUUUUUAUAUUUCAUUACUAUGUGAUAUUUAAAAAUAUAUAGAAAAUCACAGAAAAGGAAAAACCAUGAGGCUUCCAUUAGAUGCAUUUCUAAACAUUUUUUCUAACAUGUAAAUUUGUUUGCUGAUCCUUAGUAAUGUUAAUGCUUUGUCUAUUUGUUAUUUUUAUCACGGUUGAACAGCAAACUAUUGAGGGUGGGGUUGAUUAUUGAUAAUUUUUAUGUGUUUAGUAAUAACCACAGCAUCAUAUGUACAAUUGCUUUAAUAAAUCCAAGUUAAGGACUUUGAGGACAGCAUGUAGUAACUAUUCAUUUUAACAAAUCAUCACACAUAGUUUCACUGUUCAAAGCUCCACUAAAAAGCAAGCAUGCAGAAAAGGUAUAGAUUGUAUUUAGAGAUAUGGUUUCAUUUAUUCUUGAAGUCCUAUAAUCUUGCAUUAUUUAAACACAAAAUCCCACCUAACAUUUGCCAAAUCCAAGUUAAUCUCAAAAACCUCCAAGGACAUUGAGCACAAGCAGAUUACUGUGAAGGCACUGGUGGCAGAUUGUGGUGGAGAGAGGGUUGAGUGACCCAGAGCAAAACCUGCCUGGGUUACUCACUGCCACUUCAGGAGAAGGAUUGUAUCAGCUCUCAUUACCUUUUGCCAUGAGGCAGUUCAUAAGUUAAAUAAGAAAUCAUGCAUUAUCUCAAAAUAUUUCUAUAUUAAUUAGAUAAUUCAUGCUGUAAAAUGUGUUCAUGCAGAAGCAAAGAUGGACGUAAUAGUCAGGUAUCAGGGGAAAACCCCUUUAGGAUACCCAGACAUUAAAAAUGUAAAAAGUAGCUUAUAAGAAAUGUGGAUUAUCAGAUUUUUACUAUGUACAGGUUGGGUUUAAUAGUAAUUUCUGACACCUGCACAUAGAUCAAGAAAAGGCAGUUACCACUUUUCACCAUUCAUAAAAUGGGCUUCUCUCUUAAGAGUAUUGGUUAAUGCUUUGCUUAUUUGUUAAUGAAGACAGCAUUUUAAUUUUAAAGCUUCCUUUUGUAGGACUGAUGGCACCAGCAGAAUCACAUUUAAGAAAAACAGUUUGGAACACUUUUUAAUAAAAAAAAAUUGUAAAAUCAGUUUCCAGUGUGGUCAAAAUUAGAAUGUAAAGGAAAGCAUUUUUAAGAAAAUACAGAAGCCCAAAUCAAGGGAAAUAUAAAAGGAAAUAUUUUAAAUUAAGAAAAGAAGGUGUUAUAGUUUAUUACAUCACAAAUUAUGCUUUCUGUACUUAUGCUCUUAGUGAAGGAGAUAAUAUUGAAGUGAUAACAAAUAACAUUCUCGGUUAUUUGUGAAGUUAGUAAAAUUGCAAUCCCUAUUCCAUUUUUUUCUGAUGAAAAUGGAUACAUGAGGUCUCAUUUAUUGCUGUCCUCAACACCUUAACUGUCCUAGGUUCCGUUCACGUUCCAAAUCAUGGACGAUAAAACUGAAGUCAGAUAAACAGUCACAGCUACAACUGCGAGCGAGUUUUAACAUACUGGUAAUUUUGCAACUGCCACCAUGAAUACUAGUGAGUACUCAAUUUACAACAAUUUCACAGAAACAAACCACAGAGUGAUCUGAUAUUCCUGCUUCUUAGUUUUCUAAUCAAUAUAAUUAAAAAAAUUAAUGCUGUAGAAAUGAUGUACUAGACAUCUCUAACCCAAGAAAAAGAUGUCUUUUGUAUAAGUUUUAAAUUCCCAUUUGUCUUAGUAUAUCUUAGGACAAAUGGUGACUUCUUCGUUUAGUAAUGAAAAUGUCUAAAUCCUGCUGUGUGGAGAAAAGCUAGAACCAUGGGACAUUAAGCCACAAUACUACUCUUAUUUGGGCCCCCAGACUACAACUAACGGUCUUUAUGUAUUUAUCAUCUUGAUUAUUGUUUUACCUCAAGCAUAUACAGUGUGCAGAAAGUAGAAUAAUGAAUAAAAUAUGACCAUGGAGAAACCCAUAACUUUUGCUUCCAUUCUAGAAAGCAGUGUUUGUUCUUUUUAAUUUAUUACAUGUUCACAUUGAAAUAUUAACAUCUACAAUACUGUCUUUAAGUUUACUCUUCAAUUACUAAAGCAAAUGAUUUUUAUUUAGAGCACUUACACAACUGCAAUUCAGGUCACAGAACUGAAGUCUAUUUGAUAACGUCUCAGAAUUCUCAUGGGCAGCCAGGAAAAAGAAAAAAAAGAGAGAGACACAAAUAGAAAUUUUAGUGGGUUCAGAUAAAUGAUUAUUCUGACAAACCUGGAAAAUAGUAAUUAAACAGUUCAUUCCAAAAGACCCCAAUGUAAACUCUGCUCACAUAAUUUGUAUAAGGAAAAUGCAUGAGUUUUUUUCUUAAAAAUAGAAGCAUUUAUAACAGAUUGAUCAAUCUUAUGAACAUAUUACAUUGGGGAAGUCACUAUUAUUGCUAUAAGUGUGCUUGUAUAUUUUAUUCUUUCCUUUUUUAAUUUCUUUGUGUGUGUGAGCAUCUACUACUUGCCAGGCAGUGACUGUGUCUGAGUGAAUGUAUCCAUUGGUGAGCACUCAGGCGCCAUCACUGCCCUCUUGGGGCUUACAUCCUAGUGGGGGCCUCAGAGAGAUUGUAACACUCAAUAUUGACCCAAUGGGAUGAAAACUGUUAUCUUCAUGAUUUCUUCCAAUGGGCAUAGAUUUGUUUGGACAGGGCAGAAUUAGAAUAAUUAUUUCUCACAUAUAAAAGUAAAUGAUACGAGAUUGGGAAUUUCUUGCCCACACUAAAGCAAACUGCAGAAGACAAUUACUCCAUUUUACUAACUCACCUAGUUUCCCAAGGAUGGGGUGGGAAGUGAGACAUGGAGCCUCUGGGGACCAGGAUCGGGGGUAGGAGUGUCCCAGUGGAGGGUGCCACUGGAAGCCUCCACCCAAGUAGGCCAGCAGCGGUGCAAGGGCACAGCAGUAGGCUGGUGAAAGCCAGGUUGUCUCUCUCUCAGGAUCAUUCUGGGGGAAUAAACGGGUUAUAGAAAGGAGAAAAAGGAGGAGCAAGAACAUCUCUCCAUGGCCUAUGUUUAUUUUUGUUCCCAAGAGACUAUAUAGUGUAAUAACCUUAUGCCCCCAAAGAGAGCCCUGAACUGAGAGUAUCUUCAGUAUUCCUGAAGAUUCUAUACGGUGUUUUAGAAGAUUUAUACAGUGUUCCUGUAUAAAUCAGUGAAUCUGUUAUAUAGAAAGUUAACAUUUCAGGAGCACAAUUAUUUCCCGAUUUCAAAUAUGAACAGAUUAAAUGUCAGUUUUUUUAAAUCAUAAAUUUGGUAUCCAUAGUUACUUUACACAUUCCAGAGUCUAAGCAUGGAAUUUAAGUUUUGUAUUUUGAACAAAAAUAGCAACAUCUGUUUUCUGUAUGGCAAAGAAAAACUAAAUCCCAGACUUUUAUUUUUAACCACAGAAACCAUCACUUCUUUCUAAAUUAUUUGCUUGCCUGCUCAUUUCUCCUAAACAUCUCUUUCUGUUUAUGCCGAUGGCUUUUUAAAUCCAAACACUAGUUAUUGCCAAAUUGCAUUAGAAUUCUAUUGAAUUGGAAUAAUUCAUAUACUUCAUAUACUAGAGAAGGAAUGGUUAGAGAUGGUAAAGAUCUUGUUGUGAUCAAAAGCAGGGUUUUUGUUGUUUUUAAUCAUGAGCACAUAUAAAAGGAAAUUCAAAUGAAACCAAGCCAAUUUCUGAUUUAGUAAGAUUAAAACCAUAGGUGGAACUCAGUUAUUAGGGAUGGAAAGGAGGAAAGCACAGGGUGGGGAGAGAAAAAGGGGAAGGAAAAAAAACUGAGUAGUGUUUUUUUUUGGGAAACAGUAUAAUGUCUCAGAAGUUCUUAUCUCUUAUCCUGGUGAUGUUGAGACAGUGGCUUUGUAUAAGCUUCUAUUUAUACCUAUUUCAACAUCAUGAAAAUUUUUCCAUCAGCAUUUUCUUGCAACUUUAAAAAUCACAAGGGGUUAUUUGCUUAUAAAAAGAUACAGGAUCUACAAUCUAUUAGGAAUACUUUAUUUUAGGAAUCUUGAAACUGUAUUUAAUAAAUAAAUCACAGGUCAAAAUGACUGUCAAAUCAAUCAGGCUUUCUGGUAAGUUAUUUCCUGAAAACUGUCCACGAUAAACACAACAAGCCUUGGUGAAACCUCAUUACUCUUGGAAGUCUUCAGGGUUAUUUUACCUACUGUUCUGUAUUUGUCUCUAAGAGACAUUUGAAACACAGUUACACCGUCAAUUUGGUGUAACAUUACCUGUAGUAGAGCUCAGAGUAUAUGGCAGUGCACGUCACUCAAGAUGCAUGGCGUGUUAUUUAGGUCGCUUUGAUGGAUGCUGGGGUAGAAUUAGCCUUGUAGAGACUAAUGUGUUCAUGCUAUCUCUGAUCCUGUGUUGUUGUAUAAAAAUGAACAGCUAAAAAUUUACCCAUGAUGACAAGAUUAAAGCAAAAAUAAACACAGAAAGUUGUUAGACUUUAAA